AUGUGAGUUGUCGUCCGUACACCCAGGACCACAGAUCUGCUCACUUGCUCUUGACAAUGAAGUUCACGCUGUCACUGGGUCUCCUCUUGACCCUCCUCAGCACAGCUGAAGCACUUGAGUGUCAUGAAGCUGCCUGUACUGUGGGCCUCCCAUGCCGGGCAUCCCCACGCCCAAGGCCCUGUUCUGAAGGGUUUCAGUGUGUAACAACAACCUUAAAAUUACAUCUGUCGGGAAGUUCCACACAAUUCCUCUUCAAGUCGUGUUUGCCAAACUUCCUGUGCAGUGCAGGCACGGAGACAGUUUCCCUCAACUUGGGAUUUGGGAGAGUCGUUGGAUCUGUCAAAUGCUGCAACACAGAUCGCUGCAACUCUCAAAAUCUGACUGUCCCUGCUCACCAGGGGAGUAACAGCUUACAGUGUUACUCCUGUGACAGCUCUACAUGCAGAAACAAAGUGCAGUGUGUUGGGGGAGAGGACCGCUGCUUUAAAGGGAGUGUGAUGUAUGGGGCCGUCACCGCUCAGAUCUUUGGCUGCACAUCUGCAAACCUCUGCACAGCUGUCAAGGUAUUGCCUUCUCUGAUGCGUUGGAAUAUAUUCCCUAAUUUCCCAACCUGCUGUAAGGGCAACCUCUGUAACUCUGCCUCGGCUGCCAAACUGAGUGUUUUCUCUCUGUUGUUCGGGCUCAUGAGUCUCACUGUCAUCUUUUGAAACACAGAUUAUACAUACAUACAGAUGUGAAUAAUACACACCGUCAGGUAGCACAAAAUUCAGCACAUUCAAAUUCAAAUAGUGAACUUCUCAUGCUUGUUUGCAAUGUCAUAAGAAUGCAUUUAUAGCUCUAAGUUUUUUUUUUGGUGAGGCCUGCUGUACUCUACAUUAACCACCCUAAUAAAGACGUGUUUGUGUCUUGUUG